UUGGAGAUGCUAUCUGAUCUAACUCAGAGCUAACAAUUCAGACAGCAUGCUUGCCCUCAUCUCUCUCCUGCUUCUUUUCAUCAACACAUUACUGAUAUCCUCUACUUCUGCUCAAGCCAGUGGACCAGCUCCUGCCUGCUGUACAGAGAUUAAAGGCACGAUAGUGCCCAUUAAAUUGCUCAAACGCUACUACCUACAGAACACAGCCCUGUGUAACAUCAAAGCAGUAACGUUUGUUACUAUGAAAGACAUACGGAUCUGCUCUGACCUUUCCAACAAUUGGGCAAAGAAAGCUAUGAAGCACCUGGACAGGAAAAAGCGUGAAACACUGAAAAAUAUUGACAUCACCUCAACUACAACUACCACCACAGAUCCAUUGUGCAUUCACUCUCACAAAACAACACACAACAAGAUGUCAGCUCACAACCCCAAAACAUCAAAUGUGCAUAAACAUAGACGAAUUGAGACAUGACAGAUAUCACAUCACCGUUUUAGCACAGAUUUAUUGUUUAACUAUUGAGCUAUUUUAACUACAGUGCGAUAUAUGUCCUGUGCUCACUGGAUUACAAAAAAGAGCAACGCAGAGCAAUAGGACUAAAUCCGGAAAUCUCUGUCCUAAUAACAUUGCAUCUCCUUCUUGACAUCUGUCCUAUGAACGCGGGGACCUCCAUCUUUGCCGUUGCUUCUCUAUGGUCAACAUAUCUGAUCACCUAACGUAGAUAGCAGAGCUUUUUCUAUUUGCUUUUUGUCUUUUGACUUUGAAUGUUUGAAUAUUUUCCAUAUGCAAUAUGUAUUGCACACUGUCACUUUAAUGUCUUUAUAAAUGUAUCAAUUAUUACAUGACAUUACUAGUGCAUUUACACUGUGAGUUUGGUCAUUUUGUUAAUUUUCUGACAAUAUUCAAGUAUAAAUAAAUAAUGUACAAUGAUUCCAGAUAAAAUAAAACAUUUUG